CAAAAUCACCACUGGGCAAUUCUUCGGCUAGAACUUCGAAAGCCGGAACUUACGUUUUCUAAGAACUUCUUCGCGACGCCUACCAUUCAACGACAUCGAUAACCGUCUUGACCGACACGAACUUCAUUUUCGUAUACUUGGUCUCUAGCCUUCUAGACCCUAUUCGCCAUGGCCGCUGCUCGUCCUCUCUACAACGCCUUCUUCCGAAGAAACUGGCAAAUGCUGGGAGCCGUCUUUGCCGGAGCUUUCGCCUUCGAAAUGGCGUUCGACACUGGCAUGAACAAACUCUGGGACAACUACAACCGAGGGCGACAAUGGAAGGACAUCCGAUCCCGAUACGUGGAGGAGGAUUAAGCGGCAACGAUCAACUCGCGACAUUAGAGAGAUGGAGUACAAAGCAACUGCCAGGGACAAUAGGAUGAACCCAAAACUAUACAAUUGUACCUUAGAGAUCGGAACCUUGGAACAAUAUUCAAACCACAAUUCACGCAAAGUUAUAUACCCUUUUGGUCUCCUUGCGAUGAACAACGAAUUAUAUGGCGACUCAAGAAAUUGUCGUAUAAACAUAUCUUAUGCCUUUACUAUAAGGUGGUUUCGUGGAAUAGAGCUAAUACUAGUACAUCAUGAUAUCAAUUCAAUUGCUAAUCUCUAAUAUGAAGGUAGUCAAAUCAUGAUAGGCCCUCAUGAUGGAUUUUGUACUCAUAUGACAGAUACAUGAUUCUAGGUAUAUGUAUGGUGAGUCAUACUCAUACAAGAAACUCAGCAAUC